CAACUCUUUUGACGACGCACAUUUCAAUUUUUGAGCGAUGAGCAUCUAAUUUACCCUGAAAAAGUCACAUGAUUAGAUGUAUUUCGGACUUUGCCGCUUUGAUACUAACUCCGCGAAUGGAUGAGUUGGUGCGGUGGGAUUGUGUGGGGGUGGAAAGCCUCUGUGAUCUCAGGUUUCUCACAUCCCCGCAUUUACUGAUCUUCUCCAUGUUCUUCUAUGAAGAUUUGGGUGUUGAUGUUUGUGGACUGUAAUUUUGAAUACAGCGGCAGGCGUUUUUUGUUUUCAAACUUAGCAAAAGAACCCUCACAGGCUUUGUCGUCGUUAAUACCCCGAAGGACUGUAAACCUGAUCUCACAUUGGACCACAAAGAGCAUUCUGAACAAUGGCCAACGAAGAUGCGCAUACUCUCCUCGACGCAAGCGCCCAGAACCCUCCACCGCAGUCCUCUAAGCUCCGUAUGCUUAUGUGCGAGGUCGGUCUCCAGGCCCUGCUAGAAUCAUCAACCGACGUCCGCAUCCUCUGCUUCCAGAGACUAGUCCGGAUGAUUGCCUACGGCCAAGCAACACUCAUCCUCACACUAUACUUCUCAGCUCUCGGAUUCUCAGACGAGCGCAUUGGGCUAUUCAUGAGUGCCACACUUAUUGGCGACGUGUUGAUCUCGUUCUUUUUGACGCUCUUUGCUGACGCGCUUGGAAGACGGCGAGUGUUGAUCUUGGGAUGCGCAAUGAUGUUCACCAGCGGACUCAUCUUUGCCAUUUUUGAUAAUUUCUGGAUACUUCUCAUUGCCGCUAUUGUCGGUGUCAUAUCCCCAAACGGAAACGAAGUCGGUCCCUUCCGCGCCGUCGAAGAAUCUACUCUUGCCCACCUCGUCUCAGCAGAGUCGCGCACAGAUAUCUUCUCCUGGUACGCAUUACUAGGCAGGAUUGGCUCAGGCCUGGGGACAAUAAGCUGCGGAACUCUUGUUCAAGUUUUACAGGAUCGAGCCGGAUGGAGCAACGUGUACGCCUACCGGUUCAUAUAUGUGUCUUACUCUUCCAUCGCUUUGAUCAAGCUGUACUCGUCCUUCAAGAUCUCAGACAAGUGCGAACUCCCAGCGUUUUUGGAAAGACGUAAGAAACGGGCCGAGGCACUUGACGAAAGCUUGGAUGAGAACGCGAUAAUGCUCGAGAACAUGCAGUCGUCUGAAGAUGAGCUCCGCGACGGAGCCGUACAGGAGGAAGACGGAAGACUAAUGAGAAUCACAAGGAAGAGCGGUCUUCGGUCAUCCAUACCUUCGUUUUCCGCCCGGUCAAAGAAGACGCUUUCAAUCUUGAUGCCUUUGUUCUUCCUGGACUCGUUCGGUCAGGGCCUUGUCAAUAAUUCAUGGCUCACAUAUUACUUCAACGACAAGUUUGGAGUCAAAGAAGCCUCCCUCGGUGGCAUCUUCCUCACCGGACACAUCGUCGCCACGUUCGGGGCCUUAAUCGCCGCAUCGACCGCAAAACGACUAGGCGUAGUCCAGACAAUGAUAAUCACCCAUAUCCCCUCGUCAAUCAUCCUCGGCCUCAUCCCCGCCAGCAGCAAUCUCUUCCUCGCAAUCUUCCUCUUCGCCGUCCGCGCCGGCACAAACAUGAUGGACACCGCGCCGCGACAGGUCUUUGUCUCGUCCAUCGUUCUAGCAGAAGAGCGCACGAGCGUCAUGGGGAUCAUGAACGUCGUCAGAACGCUCUCGACUGCGUUCGGACCGGCUAUUACGGGUGCGUUCGCGGGGCAGGGGAGGAUGUGGAUCAGCUUUGAGAUUGCGAUGGCGAUGAAGUUGCUCUAUGACGUUGGCAUCCUUUCGUAUUUCUUGAAAGAGAAACUAGAUCGUUCUUGAAUCAGCUUGGAUACUCACUCGUUUACAAUCUACGGCGAAUGAAGUACAGUGCA